AUGUCGAAUGAUGCAACAACAUAUAUGGAAGUUGUUACUGAGAGUCAUAAGGCCAUGGAAUUGAUCAAGAGUCAUGAACUAGAGAAAGCUGAAGUACCAUUACGUGAUAUACUAGAGCGUACAUCUAGUGCUGGAUUUGAUCAAGUAUCCAUAGCGUUAACAAAGCACGAACUUGGUAGUGUCUUACGGCGUUUAGGAGCGUUAGAUGAAGCACUGGAGCUCUUGACAGCGGCAUUCAAAGUACGUGAUUGUACAGAUAAAGCUGCAGGUAUUACGAUUGCACUAAGAGAUGGCAAUCUGACACGCGAUGAGAUUGGUAAAGUAUACGAGGCCAUGGGUGAUUAUACUAAAGCACUAGACAUUCGACAACCGGGUACACGUAUCUGCAGUAACGAAACGUGUGAGGCACUUGACUAUACAGACAAUGAACUACAUGCCUGUAGUCGUUGCAAGUGUGUCUUCUACUGUGGGAAAAUAUGUCAAUGGCAAGAUUGGAAGACCCGUCAUAAAUCAGUGUGUCAGGACGUGUCAUGA